AUGGCGAAUCAGGCAGUUUCGACAUCUAAAAUGAAUGAUAUAAACGUGUUAACCGGAUCGGUACGAAAUGGCGAAUUGCUGAGAGAAGCAAUUGAGAAGACAGCUAAGUAUGUGGUUGAGAAUGGCAGCAGCUUUGAAGAAAAGCUGAAGGGAGACGCUAGAUUUUCCUUUGUGAUGCCUGGAGAUGAAAAUUAUGAGCUUUAUCAGCAAACUUUGAGCCAGGAGCGAAGUUCUCGAGCGUCAGAGGAUGAACAGGCUGGUAGAAGGGAAAUGCCGAAGGAACCUUACGCCUUUUGCUUUUCUAAUUAUGACGAGAAUAUAACACAGAGAGACCUAGAGAUUAUUAAGCUUGCAGCAGCUUAUUGUGUGGCUAAUGAGAGUAAUAAUUAUUUGGAAAAAAUGAGACAUGAGUUUGCCAACGAUGAGCUCCUCGUUUUUCUAAACCCUGACCAUGCUUUGAAUAAUACAUUCGUUCAGUUUGUGAAUCAAUACAAGCAAGUAAAGAACAAUUCACUUGGAGCGCCUUUCUUUGAGUGGAGGAAAGGGGAUUAUAAGUUCCAGAUUCUGCAGAGGAGUUUCCAAAGGGCUGAGUUCAAUGUUUACAAUAAGGAAUCGAGAGCGAAGAAAGACAAAGUUUUGAGUCUACAAAAAAUCCAAUUCGCCGCCUAUGACUGGACACGUUUUAAGGUGGUGAACAAAGUCACUCUGCCGACUUCGGAUUCUAGUGAUCUUCCUGCGCCGUUGGAUUUCAAUCAGCUGGCUUUGAAAAGAUUGGAAAAAUCCGAUAUGCUGAGUGUAUUCGAUAAACUUGAAGCAGAGGAACCAAGAAAGGGUCCCAAGUCGAAGAAGAGGAAACUCAAGGCGGCAGGCGCGACAAGGCUGAAGAUGGGAAAAACAACGACAGAUACAGAAGAUAAAGCGGAGCUGAGAUAUAUUAAGUGUCCUAUUACCAAUAAGUUAAUUCCAGAGGAUAAAUUCGAUAAGCACUUGCAAGUUCUGUUAGCGGACCCGCACUAUAAAGCAGAACGAGAGAAGUUUGAGGCCAAGCACAGACUUUCAAAUUUAAGCUCUGCGGAAGUCUAUGAGAACAUAAAAAGAGUUGCGAAGGCUUCCAGCCCCUCGACAUGA